AUGUUCGUCGAUAUACUUGGUCGUAUACAACAAUGGACCGAUCUGGUGCAAAAUAAAUUGGACAACUGCAAAUUGGACCUCGAAGCUUUGCGCAAGGAAUUGAUGGCGCGUGCUUGCGAAAUUGAGGAUCUGAGAAACCAGCUGGCAAAAUGCGAAGAACGUGAGAAAGCAGCAGCAGCCACUCAAACUCACGUUGAAAAGCGGGAGGUCGAAAGUCAGAAGGUCGUUGCUGUUGAAAAAGAAGAUGACUCAAAGAAAGAGGAUGAAUCAAAGAAAUACGAUGAUGCUAUAGUUAGCGCUGUUCCAGAGACAAGGACGAUUGAAUAUGGUCAAUCUCCAGAAGUUGAAACAAAGGUUGUGGAGAUAGUCUGCACAGACGCAGCUAUUCAGUCAAUGAUGAAGGACAAUGAUAGAAUGAGACGAGAAAUUGAGGUACUAUGA